CAGCACAUUUUUCCCAUGAAGGCUGAGCGGAGUGGUCGGGUGAGAGGGUGGACGGGAUGUAGAGCUUCUCAGGCGGAUGAGAUUUGGAUCAUUACGAGUUUAUCCGUCUGCUAACAUCUGUUUUAACAUCUGAUGAUUAUCAUUAAGUGGCAGGAGAUGCAUUCACAGCCUUGAUUGUCUCGCCUGUGGUGUUACUGUAGAGCUGAUAAUGCUAAAAAUGCAGCUGCCGCUGAAGAAGGCGGAGGAGGGAGAGGAGACGGCCGAGGACGAGAAGGAGCAGUCCGGUCUGUUCCCGGAGCUGGCCUUCACAGCUGCUUCGGGCAGGCUGCUUCAGGAGCCUACCGAGGAACCAGGAGCUCCGUUUUUAACCAAAGAAUCGGUUUAUGAAUGGUUUGGUCUGCAUCUGAGCCCGGCCAAGCGUAUCGAGUUCAUGUACGGACUGCUCCAUAUGUGCCAGCCUUUGGAGCUCCGCUUUCUGGGCUCCUGUCUGGAGGACCUAGCUAGGAAAGAUUUCCAUGUUCUCAGAGACUUUGAGAUAAGAGCCAACUCCUCCAGUGAUCUCGGCCUUUUGACGGAUGUAACUGACCCAGUGGCUAGAUCUAAGCUUCUGGUCUGUCUUUCUCUGCUGGGAUCUGAUAACAGGGAAUGUGCUGGGAUACUGUUUCGGAUACUGAGCCAUGUGGAUCCCGCCCUGUUGCUGGUGUCCUCCUACCCAGGCUCUCAGGCUUUCGAUGCUUUUCGUUCCCUGUCUGGAGAUUCAGACGAAGAUGGCACACACAACUGUGGUGGCUUUGAACCAUUUGUUGAAUCCCGGGCUGGACUGCUGGAGCAGCUGGCGGUGCUUUUCACCAUGGCUUCCCUUCACCCUGCCUUCCUUUUCCACCAGAGAGGAAAACUGAGAAUGCAGCUAGAAAAACUCGAGCAGGAUCUUAUUCAGCGACAAAACAGGCGACAGUGCGUCCAUCACAACACCCAUGCACCACCCCAGGGCCAGCCAGAGUGCCACUUCACAAAUUCACAGGUCAAUGCGAAUGAGAAAACACAAACCCAUAACCUGGCACCCGCUCAUCCCAGUAGAAGGGCAGAAAGGGAAGGUAAAGCUCAUGCAGUCCACAUAGAGAAGAUUGUGUUGAAGGGCAUCUCAAGGGGCAAGACUGAACGGGAAUACAGUUUUGAGGUGAAGUGGUCUGACAUGUCAACAAGCUCCAUUACAAAAACACAUCUUGAAAUGAAGAAUUUUCUGUUCCAGCUUCCAAAGGAACACUCCACAGACUCUUUUGAGAGGAGUAUAUUACAGUUACUCAGCCAGAAGAAUGAGGGCAGAGAGGUGGAGCAAUCACUGAAAGAGAAGUUUCUGUCUGCACCACAUGCUUUCCGGCAGACAGGGAAGGUUUGUGGCUUUUUCCACUGUGGCUCCUUGUCUUCCCCCAGCCUCUCCUGCAGUCGAAGGAAGCCUUAUAAAGAGGACUGUUCCGAGGCAUCAAGUCAAGAGGAAGAUAUGGAACCGUAUGUUCAGGAGCAUCGUAAGAAACCUGGCAACAAAAGUCCUGGUCUUAACAUGAGGAGUUCAGAAGGCAAAAGGACAGAUCAUGGCUCAGAUAACAACAAUCUAACAGAGUGGAGGAAAAAGAGUUGCACACUGAAACCCAUUUGCACCCAGUACACUAAGCCAGCAGGGGGAGAAGGAGAGAAUUCAAGCACUAAGCCAAAGGCUAGAUCAGCCACUUCUGAUUGCAGUGAGAAGAGAGAGAGAGGUAUUGGAAGAGUCCCUUUUGUCAGCAAUGGAGUAAUGUCACUGCCAUCACCACGGCCUCAUCAGCCCAAAGGAAAAGACACUGCACCAUGUCAAAACACAUAUGGUGAGACAUCUUCUGAGAGUUACAGUUCACCAUCCAGCCCUCAGCAUGAUGGCAGAGAAAGCCUUGAGAGUGAGGAUGAAAAAGGCAAAGACACAGACAGCCAUUCAGAUGACUCAAGAAAGUCGGUUGCAGAUGCAGUCCUUGUCUGUCCUGUAACAGGAGGACUUGAUAAUGCCCUUCACUCACUUGUUCAAAUUGAACAUGGAGGCCAGGAAGUCCAACCUGAGGGCACAAUACAGGGGUACCCCCAGAUUCACUUUACCCAUCAUGCGCCAUACAAAAUGCCCAAUGGACCUGAAGUAUUAGUAUCCGCAAGCUGUCCAAAGGUGCCAGAUAACAAAGUAGGCACAGAGCUAAUGCUGCCACAUCCUGUGGUCCUGCCCACCCAAACAGUGGCCAUAGAUGACCGAGAGACAUGCUCCUCAGAGACUCCUUCUGCCGUCCCUUCUUUCAACACUUCAGUUCUUGGCCUCCAGCCUCCUGGAAGUCCGGUUUUGCAACCUAUCUUACAUAGGUUUAAAACAGCUGGGGCACAGUCUGGUACAGAGUGUGGAGUGCUGGUCCCGCCACCCCAUCAGACUCCACUGGGUGCCAUUAGUGUUGUUCAGUCUGGCACAACUUAUCCACCAGCACUUCAGGUGGGCUACGCCAACCCAGACCAAGUCCUCAGCUCAAUUAUUCCAGCAGAGUCUCAUACCAAGACUCCAGGAUUGACCCUUCCUUCUGCCCUGCCAGCCGCUUUCAAUCUGCCAACCGCCACUACGGGUAUUCCUCCGAUGGGGACUGUGGGCACAGCUUCUUCCAGUCCGGUGCCAGCUCCAGUGGUACCCACCCAUACACCUGGACCUGCCCCAAGCCCCAUCCCUGCUCUCACACACAGCAUUGCUCAGAGCGAUGGCGGUUACAUUAACAGCAGUGCUAGCAACAAUAUUCCCCAGCUGCCACAGCAACAGUUACCGGCUGCCCGUCCGGUUCUAGGCUGCAAUGCCUGCGGGUGUCGGGGCAGCUGUGGCAGCACCCACGUGCCUGACUACUACUUCCACGCACAGAUGGCCCCACGGCAAGUCUUCAACGUCCCGCCCAUCUUCCAACUGACGUCAUUGUGUAGCAGCAAUUACCUUAGCCAGCUCAACCAGACUCCACAGACCAAUGGCGCCACCCAGGUGCCGUUCUACCCAACAGCCCCGAGUGCUUUUGCAGGUGGCACUCUACUGCACCAUCACAGCCACACACACUCUGACCAUGUAUUAGGUUCCCAAGCAGCCAAUUUUGGACUCCAACAAAUGACUGCCUUCAACCGCUUCUAUCAGCCCAUUUAUGCUACUACCAUGGUCCCAGGGGCUGGCGGUGGGCCAGGCAUGACCCUUGGUGCUGUGAGUGGGGGAAUCAAUAAGAAGAAUGGCACCAUCUCUUGCUACAACUGUGGGGGUAAUGGACACUACGCACAAGAUUGCAAACAGCCGCUCAUCGAUGCUACACAGCAAGGUGGCUUCCGACUGAAGUAUGCACCUCAUUCUGAAACACUAGACAACAAUCCUGACUGAAAGCCGCAACACUUGAAGCCUUGUUUUUUUGUCAGUAUUCCUGAUGGUCUUACGGAGGUCUUUCCACUCAUAGCAGAAGUGUUUUUAAUAGUGUACUGCACAUUUACAUUAUUUGUUCUUGAAUUCUGCUUUGAGGUCUUGGUAAACCUAGGAUAUUGCCUGUGGUGCUCUCACAUGGACAGAACCCAGAGAUACUUUUUAAGGUGGCUUAUAGGAGUGAUUGUUUGCUGAGGUAACUUGCACUGAAGACUGGCACGAGACAGUAGCUCAUGUUUAUUGAUCUAGAGACUUCUAGAAAAUUUCUUGAAUUAAAAAAAAAAUGAAGAUUGUAGUGAAAGUCUAUGGCUGUGUAGGAUGAGGGCCUGGUUAUGAAUAAUUGAAAACAGAAGGGCUUUAAGUGGGGCUGUUUUAUAGCGAGACAAGCAAUAUUGCAAAGGCAAUAUGGUGAUUAUCGUACAGAUCAUUGUGUCAAGGAUAUAUUUUAAUUCUUAGGUUGAAUUUUGUUGGAUUGAGGCUGUCAAAGAAAAGGCGAUUUUAUAGCCUUUUACCAUUUGGAUCUCCAGAGCUACUAAAAUUAUAAUUUUUGACAAAAUAUUUGUUUUACCUCAGGUUGACAUCAGUUCUUGCCAUAUGUGGUGUGUUUUAGGGUGUUCUGAGUUGUUAAGGGAAAUGGCAGAGGUGUACACUCUUGAAAUGGAUGGUUGUAUGUUUGACCCAGCUUCUUACCCCAGUUACCAAACUCUUAAUGAGUGGAAACCAAAUAUUCUUACAUGAUUGAGAGCAGAGGAAAUGUUUAUUAAACCGUAAGACAAAAGCAUUAUUAUUAUUAUUAUUAUUGUUAUGAGUGUUAUUAUUAAUUAUUAUUAUUGUUUACUGAAAGAUUCAGUAAGAUUUUGAGAGAUUUUUUUUUCUCUGACUUGUUUGAAUGUAUAUUUUGAUUGUCAGUAGUAAUGAUAUUUUUGUUUAGUUAAUGCUAAUCUUUAAAGAACUGACUUUUAGAGCAUUUUCCAGCUGAUAUAAUGUGAAAUGCAUAUCAAGGCACUGAUAAGCAUGAUGUUUAUAUCUGAGGUUAAUGCUACUGUUUCUGUUUGUUUAUUUGUUUUGUUCUAUAGUGAUAUGCACUAUACCAACUAGAAAUCCUGAAGCCUUGUUAUGAAAUGUUCAAAAACUGGUAAUUGCAACAGUAAAGCCUUUUUUUCUUA